UGCGCGCUCCCGGGAGGCAGCGGAGGCAGCGGCAGCUCCAGCAGCGUUCGCAGCAGCCCCGGGCUAUCUUGGGCAGGGCCGGCCGCCGGACAGACUGACAGAGGGCGCCAGGGGUGCGCGGCCCGCUGGGGCCAGCCAUGGAAGGAGCUUCGUUUGGCGCGGGCCUUGCGGGGGCCGCCGUAGACCCCGUGAGCUUCGCGAAGCGGCCCCAGACCCUGCUGCGGGUCGUGUCCUGGGUGUUCGCCAUCGCCGUCUUCGGGCCCAUCGUCAACGAGGGCUACGUGAACUCCGACGACGGCCCGGAGCUGCGCUGCGUCUUCAACGGGAACGCAGGCGCCUGUCGCUUCGGCGUCACGCUCGGCCUCGGCGCCUUCCUCGCCUGCGCCGCCUUCCUGCUGCUCGACCUGCGCUUCCAGCAGAUCAGCAGCGUCCGCGACCGGCGCCGCGCGGUGCUGCUGGACCUGGGCUUCUCAGGGGUCUGGUCCUUCUUGUGGUUCGUGGGCUUCUGCUUCCUCACCAACCAGUGGCAGCGCACGGCGCCCGGGCCGGCCACCACGCAGGCGGGAGACGCAGCGCGGGCCGCCAUCGCCUUCAGCUUCUUCUCCAUCCUCAGUUGGGUGGCGCUCACCCUGAAGGCCCUGCACCGGUUCCGCCUGGGCACCGACAUGUCGAUCUUUGCCACCGAACAGCUGGGCACCGGGGCGGGCCAGGACUACCCUGGCUACCCAGUGGGCAGCGGUGUGGAGGGCACCGAGACCUACCAGAGCCCGCCCUUCACCGAGACCCUGGACACCAGCCCCAAAGGGUACCAGGUGCCCGCCUACUAGUGGCUGGCAAGCCCAGACCAGGGCUGGAAGGCUGCCCCACCGAUGCCAGGCCCAAGGCCUCCUGGGACCUCCCUCAGGUCCUCCUGGCCCAACUCCAGGGAUGGAGGGGUGGCCACUGUGGGCCGUCUGGGGCCA